AAGUCACCCAACCUUGACAUAAAAAAAAAAAAAAAAAAUUAGUUCUCUCAAAACCCUCAACAUCCGCUCUUCUACCUCUCCGCCCAACAACUCUGACAACAAUGACGAUGAAGGCAUCUUUGAAGGGUAAGUACGACACAGACAAGAGCGGCGCCGCCGCAAACGUCGCCGUUUUCGCCAGCGACGUCAAGCUCCGCGCUUCUCUCACCGACGCCACCGUCGUCGGCGGCCCCAGCCUCAACGGCCUCGUUCUCGCCGUCGAAAAACCCGGCCUCUUCAUCGUCGACUACAACGUCCCCAAAAAGGACUUUAGGUUUCAGUUCAUGAACUCGGUUAGGGUUGUGGAUAAGCCGUUGAAUUUGACUUAUAUUCAUAGCCAAGGUGACAAUAGGACUAUUCUGGACGGGACUCUGGUGCUGAACUCGGCCAACAAGGUCUCGGCGAAUCACGUGCUCGGCACCGGAAAUGGGAAGUUCAAGUACAGUUAUGUGCACGGUGGGUUGACCACGUUCGAGCCCAGCUAUGACUUAGCUAAGAACUCGUGGGAUUUCGCGGUUUCGAGGAGGGUUUAUGGAGAUGAUGUGUUCAGGGCUAGUUACCAGACUUCGAGCAAGCUGUUGGGGCUCGAAUGGUCCAGGAAUUCCAAAGUUAAUGGCUCUUUCAAGGUGUCAGCUUCUUACAACUUGGCCGAGGAACACAAGGUGCCAAAGUUAACCGCCGAGAGUACUUGGGAUUUUGAGAUGUGAUCGCUUAUAGUAAUCUGAUUGUUCCAUUAGCCAUCAAAAUUUCUUAUAGUCUGUUGAACAGCUUAUGAUUCACUGCUGUUGGCUUUAAAACAUCUUUUUGCUGUUUAACAGUGUGUUUCUGUUAGUGAGCAUUCACAAUUGGAGCUUGGCACUAGCAUCAUUGAUACCCGUAACAACCUAAAAUACGAUUCAUAGAGCUAUAAUUCUGUAUGAUCUGAAUGAAUGAUCAUAAAUCUAUGUUCCAUAAAAAGUGAGGUCAGUCUCUUUUGGACUGUGACCACGGCUCUUC